GGGAAACCGAACAGUGACAGUUUAGGGGAAAUGUCAGACGCUAUAGUGAGUCAGGAGGCGGUAUUCAUUGGUGCCAACAGACAGUCCUUUACGGUAGAUUAUAAUGGUAGUGAAAAAUUAGUGGCAUACGGAGCAGGUAAUACUAUUGCCUUGUGGAAUCCAUUAGCAUCCGAUCUGAGAGGAGUUACCACUACAUUGAAGAAACAUAAUAAAGAAGUUACCGGGGUAAGAUUUAUACCUGGUAGUGAUUAUUUAGUAUCUUCAGGAGAAGAUUAUGAAGUCAAUGUGUGGCAGAAAUCUAAGGAUUCGUAUGAGUUGUACCAAACAUUGGAAGGUCAUGAGCAUUCUAUUACAUGUUUAGCAGUAAUAAAUGAAAGUGUAUUUGUUACAGGAGGUGCAGAUGGGAAUGUCAUAUUAUGGACAUAUGAUGCUAUAGAUUUACAUUUCAAAUUGGCUCAUAAAUUCCAAGUUAAAGCUAGUUUCUUACCAUUAUCACUAGCCUUACAGGACAUUGAUGAGAAUGGUAAUUAUCUUUUAGCUGUAGGAGGUACAACAUCAAAUGUUUAUAUUUAUACAUUCAACUUACAUAGUUCAGGCCAAGUUGAAGGAUUUACCGAAUCAGCUGUCUUGAGUGGUCAUGAAGAUUGGAUUAAAUGUUUACAGUUUGUUACGGAUGCUAAGUAUAAGAAUUAUAUAUUAGCUAGUGGAUCUCAAGAUAGAUACAUCAGAUUGUGGAGAUUGAAAUUGAAUGAGCUUAUAGAUGAUUCAGAUGAAGAUGAACUGAAAUUAAUUCUUUUAUCCAACAAGCAAUAUAAGUUUAAUAUCGGAGCCAAUUCAAGAGGUGCAUUCAGUUUUGAAGCUUUAUUAAUGGGACACGAUGAUUGGGUCACGGGAUUACAGUGGCAUCCAAGUUAUAGAUUUGGCAGUGCCUUAUCAGAUAGACGUUUACAGUUAUUAUCUUCCAGUGCCGAUACAGCAUUAAUGGUAUGGGAAAUGGAUGAAGAAUCAGGAAUAUGGGUUUGUGUAAAUAGGCUUGGAGAAAUGUCAAUUAAGGGUGCUUCAACUGCUACAGGAGCUUCCGGAGGGUUUUGGUCAUGUUUAUGGUUUAUUGAUGAUACUACUCAACUGCAAUAUAUUUUAUCUAAUGGUAAAACCGGAUCUAUCAGAGUGUAUAAGUCAACCGAUUCCGAAGCUAAAACAUUUGAAUCAACUCUUGGAGUCACGGGUUCAACUAAGGAAGUAUCUGGAUUGACUUGGUCCUUAGAUGGAGAAUAUUUUACCAGUGUUUCACUCGAUCAAACUGCUCGACUUUACGCUCCCUGGGUAGCUAAUAGAGAUUAUAAAUCAUGGCAUGAAUUCGCCAGACCACAGAUCCAUGGGUAUGAUAUGAUAUGCCUAGAUAAUAUUACCAGCUCUAAAUAUGUUUCUGGUGGUGAUGAAAAGAUAUUGAGAGUAUUUGAAAUGACAAACUCCAUUUACAGUUUAUUGAAGAAACUUUGUAAUAUUGAAAUUGUAAAAGAAGAGAAUGUUGAGGCAUUACCAGAAGCAGCAUCUUUGCCUGUAUUAGGAUUAUCCAAUAAGGCCAAUAAUGAACAACAAGAAGUAGGACAAGCAGCUCAAGAACUGCAAGAUGCUGAUGAAGAGGUUGAAACUGUACAAGUAAAGGAAGAUGUCCUUUCCACUUUAACCACACCACCUUUGGAAGAUUACUUACAAAGAUAUACCCUUUUCCCAGAAUUAGAAAAAUUAUAUGGCCAUGGGUAUGAAAUUACCUGUUGUGCUACAUCUCCAAGUGGAGCUUUAAUUGCAUCUGCUUGUAAAUCCAAUUCUGCUAAACAUGCAGUCAUAAGAGUUUUCAAUGCAAAUAAAGACUAUCAACAAUCACCUCAAGUAUUGGAGGGUCAUAACUUAACUAUAACAAGUUUGGAAUUCUCACACGAUGGUCAAUACUUAUUGGCAGUAUCCAGAGAUAGGCAAUUAAGUUUAUGGAAAGUGACCAAUGAACAAGAAGCUCAAUUCGAACUAAUUGAAUUAAACCCUAAAGCUCAUACCAGAAUUAUCUGGGAUUGUUCAUGGGCACCUACUAACCAAUUUGGUAACUUCUUUGUCACUGCUUCUCGUGAUAAGUCCAUCAAAUUAUGGAAAGUUGAAUCAGAUAUUAUUUCUACUAUCAGUACCAUUAAAGUCGAUGAACCUAUAACCUCCAUCACUUGUUUUGGAACUGAUUUAGUUAACAACCACAUGGUAAUCGCCAUAGGACUUGAGAAUGGUGACAUAACCAUCUUCAAACUUGACUUAUCCACAACAACCAAACAAUUCGAACCGAUUGUAAAUUUUGAUAAACGUCUUACCCCUGCUGACCGUAUUUCCAAACUUAGUUUCAGCACCAAAUUUCACGACAACAAGUUGCUACUUGCAGUGGCAAGUAGAGACACCUCUACCCGACUCUAUAGUAUCGAUAAAUCAGUAGUAUAGAUGUAAAUAUAAAUAAAUUAAUAGAGAAGGAUACGAAUAAUAUUAAAUGAAAGUGGUGCGACAUUAUUGCAUCCAAAUGUCG